AUGGAGAGCAAGGCCCUGCUUCUGCUGGCUCUGAGCGUGUGGCUGCAGAGUCUGACCGUCUCCCGCGGAGGGCUGGUCGCCGCUGACAGGAUUACAGGAGGAAAAGAUUUUAGAGACAUUGAAAGUAAAUUUGCUCUCAGGACUCCUGAAGACACCGCUGAGGACACUUGCCACCUCAUUCCUGGAGUGACGGAGUCUGUGGCCAACUGUCACUUCAACCACAGCAGCAAAACCUUUGUGGUGAUCCAUGGCUGGACGGUGACAGGCAUGUAUGAGAGUUGGGUGCCAAAACUUGUGGCUGCCUUGUACAAGAGGGAACCGGACUCCAACGUCAUCGUGGUGGACUGGCUGUCACGGGCCCAGCAGCAUUAUCCAGUGUCUGCGGGCUACACCAAGCUGGUGGGACAGGAUGUGGCCAAGUUUAUGAACUGGAUGGUGGAUGAAUUUAACUAUCCCCUGGACAAUGUGCAUCUCUUGGGGUACAGCCUUGGGGCGCAUGCUGCUGGUAUUGCGGGAAGUCUGACCAAUAAGAAGGUCAACAGGAUUACUGGCCUAGAUCCAGCUGGACCUAACUUCGAGUAUGCAGAAGCUCCAAGUCGCCUUUCUCCUGAUGAUGCGGAUUUUGUAGACGUUUUACACACAUUCACCAGAGGGUCACCUGGCCGAAGUAUCGGAAUCCAGAAACCAGUGGGGCAUGUUGACAUUUACCCUAACGGAGGCACGUUCCAACCAGGAUGUAACAUUGGGGAAGCUCUCCGUGUGAUUGCAGAGAGAGGCCUUGGAGAUGUGGACCAGCUAGUGAAGUGCUCCCAUGAGCGUUCCGUUCAUCUCUUCAUUGACUCUCUGUUGAAUGAAGAAAAUCCAAGUAAGGCCUACCGGUGCAAUUCCAAAGAAGCCUUUGAGAAAGGUCUCUGCCUGAGCUGCAGAAAGAACCGUUGCAACAACAUGGGCUACGAGAUCAACAAGGUCAGAGCCAAAAGAAGCAGCAAGAUGUACCUGAAGACUCGUUCUCAGAUGCCUUACAAAGUCUUCCAUUACCAAGUAAAGAUACAUUUUUCUGGAACUAAGAGUAAUACAUACACCAACCAGGCCUUCCAGAUCUCUCUGUAUGGCACCGUGGCUGAGAGCGAGAACAUCCCUUUCACCCUGCCUGAAGUUUCCACAAAUAAGACAUACUCCUUUCUACUUUACACGGAGGUGGAUAUUGGAGAACUGCUAAUGUUGAAACUCAAAUGGAUUAUCGAUUCAUACUUCAGCUGGUCCAGCUGGUGGAGCAGCCCCGGCUUUGAUAUUGGGAAGAUCAGAGUAAAGGCAGGAGAGACUCAAAAAAAGGUGAUCUUCUGUUCCCGGGAGAAAAUGUCUUAUAUGCAGAAAGGAAAGUCUCCUGUGAUAUUUGUGAAAUGCCAUGACAAGUCUCUGAAUAGAAAGUCUGGCUGGUGA